UCAUUAAAAACAUUCAUGGAAAAUAGCAAUACCAUAAAAAUACCAGAAAAUAUCUUCCCAGAUGGUAUGUUUGUUUGAAAACCCUAGUCACGGUUACACUGGAGUAAUGGUAAACAAAUAAAUAUCGCUAAUAAAAAAUAUCCUCAGUGAAAAUGGAUGAGGAGGAAGUAUGCCGGGUUUGCCUGCAACAGGAUGGCGAUAUGAUCAAUAUAUUUGACGGUGUGCAGGACCAGGAAAUGUCCAUUCCAGAUAUGAUUGCCCAGUGGUCCGGCUACCAGGUUGAGAAAGGCGAUUCACUUCCGGAAAGUAUAUGUCCAACCUGCUUGGAGGAUGCCCGAGCCACAUUUGGAAUAAUCCGAAAACUGCAGAAGGAGGAAGUCUGUCGAAUUUCAGACAGUGAGGAUUCCAUUUGCGACAAAGAAACGGAAAAACCUUUUAAAAAUGUACAUAGUGAGGAAUCGAAUAGCGCCCAGGAAUACAAGGUUAAAAACGAGCCUAUCGAUGAGGACAUAUUUCUGGAGGCAGCAUGCAAGGCAAUGGAAAGCGACCUAUUCGAGGAAGAUGUCUGCAAGAUUGAAGUCGUUGAAACGGAACAAUAUAUUGGCCAGAAGUAUAUAUUAUCUGCAUUAGAUCUGGAUCUGGGUAAUAUACCCAAAACAUCGGACUUGCCUUCUCGAGGGAAACGGCGUUACAAGUGUUCCCUGUGUCCCAAGUCUUUUGCGGAUGCCUUACAGUUUAGCCAACACAUUGUAACCCAUUCAGAAGAAGACGCCGAUGGUCAAAAGUCUGAUUUUUCUGAUUCAGAUUUUAGCACCACUGGGUUCGAAGAGGGCGAUUAUUAUCCGGAUUCUGAAACAGAGGUACCAUCUGAAAAGCCUCAAAUAAAACAACGCCAAAAGACUUCUGCAUCCACCACCCCAUUAAAGAAAAAAAUCCUAACCCAUUUGCAUGAUAAAACGAAAACGGAUUUGCCUGCAUCGGAACGUAUACCCACACCUUACUUGCCCUUCAAAUGUAAUUAUUGCCCGAAAACGUUUCAGGACAAAGAUUCCUGUACACUGCACGCACAAUCGCAUGGCAAGCAAUUCCGAUGUUCCGAUUGCCCGAAGACUUUUGCGGAGGCAAAGCAGUUGAAGCAACACAUUUUGAGCCAUUCAGAGGAUCAGACCGAUAAACCGAAGCCUUCACCAUCAGGUCUUCCUCGAGUGUUCAAGUGCCCCAAGUGUCCCAAGUCGUUUCCGUAUUCCUCAAGUUGCAGUCGACAUCUGCUAAGUCACUCGGAGAUACGACCGUUUAAGUGUCCCCAGUGUCCAAACUCCUAUGCACGUCCCUAUGCCCUCAGAGCCCACUUUACUAUGCACUCCGGAGAACGAUCGUUCAAGUGUGAUCAGUGUUCCAAGACCUAUAAGAAGGCACACCAUCUCAAGCACCACCUGUUGACUCAUUCUAAUGAAAGGCCGAACAAGUGUUCCCAAUGCAACAAGACCUUCAUGUCCAGGUCCGAUCUAAAUCGACACAUCCGGGCGCACUCUGCAGUAAAGCCCCACAAAUGUGAUGACUGCUCAAAGUCUUUUCAUCGACCUUGCGAUCUGAAAGUUCAUAUCCGUACCCACACUGGCGAAAGACCCUUUAAGUGUGCCUGCUGUUCGAAGUCUUUUACGGCUAGAAACAAUAUGCUGAAGCACCAAAGGCAAUGCAAACUUUAAAAGACAAACUGUGACUAAGAUAUACCUUUAAAAUAUUUUGUAAUUAUAAUAAAAACCCAACUUGUUGGUUUUCGUUGCCUUGAAUUUAAAAAAAA